AUGAGCCUUCCCCCCUCCGCCGAUAACCAGCAGGCUUAUCGCGACAAGUCCAAUGCCUCCGCCCAAGACGCCGGGAACUCCUCCUCCUCUGCCUCCCGCGCCGCCGAACUCGCCAGUCUUAAGGUAAAGCUGCGCUCGUCUCUGCGCCAGUUCCCCGACUUCCCCUCGCCAGGCAUCCUGUUCGAGGAUAUCCUGCCCAUCUUUGCCGACCCCGCCCUCCACGAGUCCCUCAUCAGGGGCCUCGAGCUGCACCUCCUCGAGACCUAUGGCGCUGACCAGAAACCCGAUGUCAUCGUCGGACUGGACGCCCGCGGGUUCCUCUUCGGCCCUUCCCUCGCCCUGAGACUCGGGGCGGCCUUUGUGCCCGUCAGGAAGCAGGGGAAACUCCCCGGCCCCGUCAUCACCCAGGAGUACCAGAAGGAGUACGGCAGCGACUUUUUCCAGAUGCAAAAGGACGCCAUCAAGCCGGGCCAGAAGGUCCUCGUGGUCGACGAUAUCAUUGCCACCGGCGGAUCUGCAUUUGCUGCAGGCUCUCUCGUCCAGCAACUCGGAGGCAACCUUCUCGGAUUCGUCUUCAUGCUCGAGCUGGACUUCCUCAAGGGCCGUGACAAGCUCCCUGCUCCCGUCUAUACCCUCCUUGCUACCCAGGAAAGCAAAUAA